AUGUAUACAAAUCAGUACACUCCUCAGAAUUCACGGUAUGAUCGACGAUAUCAGCAAUAUCCAUGUUAUAACCAUCAAAUCUACAUUAAUUAUUAUAACCAACAUCCUUCUUAUAACGCUCAACCGCUGACGCAAACAAUUGCGACGUUAACAAGUUCAAACGUACCCACCGUCCAACAGCCACAAGUAUCAACUCCAAGACAAAAUGUUACAAGUUUGUGGAUGGGAAAUGUGCAACCUUUUAUGACAAAGAGGUUCAUCACAUGGGCAUUUCAAACAAUGGGGGAAUAUCCAAUAAAGGUCAUGUUGAGGCAGCAUAAACAUCCUUCCAUGACUCCUGGUUAUGCAUUUGUUGAAUUCUGCGAUCCAGGAUCUACUAUGCAUAAACUCAAUGGAAAAUAUAUACCUGGUACUCAUCCACCUUUAAAAUUUAAACUCAAUCACGCUGGGAAAAUUAAUACGAGUGAUAAUAGUUUUUCUGUUUGGUGUGGCGAACUUAGCUCAGAUGUAGAUGAUUUUCAGUUAUAUAAAACAUUUAAAUUCUACUAUCCAUCUAUACAUACAGCAAACGUGGUCUUCGACAGUUACGGUAACAGUAAAGGAUACGGAUUUAUUCGUUUUCUCAGUGAAGAAGAAUUAAAACACUGUCUUAAAUAUAUGAACGGUUUUCUAAGUCUUGGUUCCAAACCUUUAAAGGUUAAUAGUAUCAAACCAAAAUCAAAACGCCAUAUUGUUGUUUCUUCAAAUGACUCUCGAGGGUGUAACGCUAGUCAAAGUUAUAUACAAUAUUCUAAAGCAGUUGGUUUUCGACCGGAAAGUGAGAAUUGUUUACUUAGGUUAAAACCAACCAUUGGAACCACAGGAAAUUCAAAUCAAGUUGGUAUGUAA